GUCGCUUCCUUCCUGUCCCAGCCCUAUAUAAAGAGCAGGCCCGGCGCUGGCCACCACCGGCCGGGCGGACGCCAGCGGGGACCCCAAGAGGAGCAGCUGAGCGUUGCUGGAGGGCCGUGCUGGGGAAGAUGCAGGCAUACGUGUUGUGGGCACUGGCCUUCUGCCUCCUGCUGGGGCCUCCUGCAGGUGAGGGGCUGCCCAGGACGACCCCGGGGACGUCUGGCUGGGACAAGCGGUGGGCAGUCCCAGCUGAUGGCCCCUCCCCCACAGGAGCCAAGCCGCUGCAGGAGCCAGAAGAUCCCUACGCGGAGCCACCGGCCAUGCCCUACUGGCCCUUUUCUACCUCGGACUUCUGGAACCAUGUGCAGCACCUGCAGGAGCAGGGCGCCUACUCCCAGCUCGAGGACCUGGCCCGCACCUUCUUCGCCCACUUCCCGCUGGGCAGCACCCUGGGCUUCCACGUUCCCUACCAGGAGGACUGACUGGCCCCACCCUGGGUCCUGCUGCCCAGUCUGGGGCAAGUGGGGUCCAAGUGACUGGCCAGCCCUGACCUCGCCCCCAAUAAACUCCCCUGUGGACCAGCA